CGAUUAGGGGCGUGUGCUUGUUGACCUCGGCCCACUGCCCAAAACCACUUUGCCAGGGGGGCUGUCGGGUCUGCGCCUGGAAAGGUUGCUCGGUGUGAAUGCGCACCACGGUGCAGUCGUCGGUGGCCGGGAGCACAGGCUUAUCUUCCACGCCUUGUCCGACCAAAGAAGGGCGCCGUCGCGCUCGGAUGGCCUGCCGCCGGGGGACUCGGGCUCUGUCUGAAAUUGUGCGACCUCACUACGUAGUGGGCGUGCUGUGCGAAUCAUGGGCGAAGGGGGCAAAAGGCCCAGGGCACAAGACACCGGUCGGCCACAGCGUCCAGGAGUGUGUGUAUGUUGAGACGGCGGCCGGGCUGCCCCUUGUGGCCGGCCUCCCUUUGAUUGUGCGUCGCGUUCCCCUGGCUCCAAAGGGGACUAACGCGGAAAGCUGCUCCAGGUUUCCCCGGAGGACGGCCCCAGAUUGUCACUCAUCGCCCCAGCGCAACGGGGAGCAAGCAGGCCGGCCAAUCCAUCUGCUGCCAGCAACACACCCAAAACCGCCGCCAUAGGUAGACGACACGUCAACAGGCACACAAGCCAGCCUGGCUGUCCAAUAAAUAGGUCGCGGUCCGGCUCUCUCGUCAGACUUUGCGCACUUCCAGGCAAACAUAUCCUCCAUCCUUGCCGACCCAGCCCACGCCAGAUCACGACACGUAAGUCUUGCCCCCAGCCAGGUUUUACACCUCAUCAAAAGCCUUCACACCCAACGCAACGUGGCCAGCAU